AUCUUUGGAUCUUUCCGUUUUGGUAGGGCUAGGGGUUAACUUCGCGCCAUCUACAAAGAGACGGUUUCCUUCUCCCUCAGAAUUUCAAAAAAUCAACACGCCAUGGCGGUGGUGGAAUCCUACAAAAGAAGAGUCCCCAAGGGCUACGCGAAAAAGCCAAGAGGAAUAGCAAAGCCUAUCACAAGGGAAAAGAUGGCAAGUACUAUACCUACCAAGAUUUGUCGGUGGCCAAUCGGCGGUAUCUCCACCAGAAAUUUGAAUUGGACAAGAUUGAGGCCAUGAACAAGGAGAAUGCCAGCAGGAACAAGAACCAACGGAGCAAUAAGAAACAAACUCAAAGCAAUAAGACGGCCCCAUCUCGAUUGUCCGCCCGUCUCCGUUCCGUGGCACCAUCCAAUCCACAAGGAUUAGUAGAAGACGACUUGCCAAAAGUUUCUAGUAAAAAGAGUAGUAAGCUUAGUCACCGCGCGGUCGAGUUGACCGACGAAGAUCGAGCCAAACUGGAGCAUUUGCCCAAUUGGGUGAACCAAUUCCAAGAUUUCUUGGUCCAAGUAGACCAUAUCUCAGAGACCAACUGUCGAAGAGCUAUGCGACAAGUGGAGAAAAUGGCCACCGGUGUCGGUAUCACCUAUCGUCACUGGGAGAAAGGUAUCUGGUUCUAUCGAGGUACCCAGAUUGAUCCCUCGUUUGAUUUUGACAAACUAUACGAUGAAGCCGUAGAGUUGGAACGCGAGCACGGAAAGGAUCUGGGCAAUGGAUGGCUCAUGAGACAUCCUCUCGUCAAACUCAAGAAGUUUCAACAGUACCUGUACUUGAAACAGUCGGAGAAAGGCAAGGACUCGGAAGGCUCCGGUUAAUGCGUCCUUGAACUUUUUCCAAUUACAAAUAACCACAAGUUGACUGCAUUUGUUAAGCAGCAGUUUGUUUGCGUGGACGAUACCGGAACGUUUGGGUUCAAGACUAAUAAAUGCACUCUGUGUUAGAUGGUGGAUCAAUCCACUUGUGCUCGCCGAGAACGGAUUUUUAAAAUGUGAAACCUUCCUCAACAGAUCAAGCAUUCUAUCAAUCUAACAGGAUUCGAGCCGAGUCAGUCGACUAAUUCUAGUUUGAGUGAUUGAUUCAACAGCAUCGUUUCGCCCUUCCGUUGUGAAGAUCGUGGACAUUGACAUAGGCACUUCUUUGUUUCCCUUCUUUUGGGAGCUCUAGCAGUAGCAGGUUUCAUACUCGUACACACAAUUGUGG